ACAUGCACCGCUUAAGGGGAACUUAGGAAAUAAAAUGAACUCGUUGUUUUUUUGUUUUUUUUUAAACACCGUGUUAGGAAUUAGAAGACGACUUGUUGUCUAAAUGUGAAUUUGGCUCGUGUCAACUCGAGAAAAAAAGAAGCAGAAGAAGAAAUACGAGUAGAAAAGAUUGGUUCGCUUCUCCUCCAACCGCCAGCCUGCCCCUGGCACGGCGUGUGCGUAGAUUGGAAAGUUUGCAUCGUGGAAUCAGGAAGUCCAGUGAAAUGUCAGCGUCACUCGGUACUCCGUGCCCGUCGCCGCGGUGAGAAGUUCACAGCUCUGAACGCGCCCGGAGCUGUCGAACAGGCGGUGAGUUCUGAUGAUGUGUGGUCCGUCCAUUUCGCUGCAAGGUGACGGCUGAAUCCAUGUCUCUGCACUGAUAGCGGUUCGUCAGUGACUCCAGGAGGAAUGUCCUACUGGUCCGUCGGCCUUCCCCAGGACUGUGGAAGCUCUUCCAGCAACAUGGAGCGGCAAAGCAGCCCUGGGGAGGAAAUGGGAGCCAAGGCAUCAUCGGUGGAUGGUAUGGGAGCCGGCUCUGCCCUCGCUUCUUCUCUCACGCUGGAGAACAUCCAGGCCGCGUAUGAAGAAGGAGAGGAGCAUGCUGCCAGGGAGCUGAUCCAGAAAGCCUGCUGCAUGGAGUGCAGCGCAGGGACACCCCGGAUCGAUGGGGUACAUCUCCUGUGUGCAGCCACUCAGCAUGGUGAUCUGGAGAGUGUGCGUUACAUCCUCAAAGAAGCCCGCAUCAAUGUGCCCCAGGAGCCAUCCAACAGCAAUCCAGCCAUCCUGGCAGCUUACUAUGGCCACAGCAGCCUGGUGAAAGAGCUGCUGGAUUCUAUACCUGUCUCUGGCUCCCUCUCAGGUCCAUGUCUAAGGAGAGACUUACUGAACUGGAUGCUGGCCACAUCUUGCCAGCAGGGUCACCUGGAUGUGGUCCGGCUGCUGGUCCACUGCUACGAUGCUGAUGCCAAGGACUGUGCCAUCCACAGCGACGAGUUUGCUGUUGUCACUGGUCUGCCGCUGUAUGCUGCUGCACGCGCAGGUAAUGAGGAGAUUGCUCGCUUCCUACUGCUGAAUGGAGCAGGAUUUUCGUCAUACACCCUGAUGGACCAUCCAGCCUUCAGCAAACAACUCCUCAGACUCCAGCUACAGGAGACAUACCACAGAGAUGUGAAGGAGGCUGUCGGUGUGUGCUGGAGUGGUCUGCAGCUGCCCUGGUUGGAGCUGGACUGGUUCAUGGAUAUCUCCUCACGCAUUACCCACCUGGAUCUGUCUUCCAACAGCCUGACUGCUCUGCCCUCUGUAGUGCCCUGGGGCCUCAUCCACCUGCAAACUCUCGAUCUUUCUAACAACCUGUUGAAGGACCUGCCUCCUGCUCACAGCUCCCUGGAGGUCAUCUGCUCCAGUUUGCAGCAGGUAACUCUGUCUCAGAACCAGCUCACCAGUUUACCGCCUGGACUUCUCCACCUGACCCACAUCCAGAGGAUUUCUGCUGCCAGGAACCAGCUCACGGUCCUGUUUGACAUCCCUGACACCACGAACUGGAUUGGCCUUCGUAAGCUGGAGGAGCUGGAUCUGUCUUAUAACUGCCUGACCAGUCUGCCUGUGGCCGUCAUGCACUGUUUGAAAUCCCUGAGCUCCCUCAAUGUGUGCAGGAACAAACUGAGAAGCUUCCCUGACCCCUGGGCCUGUCCACUGAAACAAUGCAAAGCUUCAUCCAAUGUGAUUGAGAGUCUUCCCAACACCAUCUCCAUCUUCUGGAGGACUAAGCUGCAGGAGGUGGACUUCUCUGACAACAGCGUGAAGGAACUGCCCUCAUACAUCUUUGAACUGGAGGCUCUGGUCUCAUUGAGACUGUGUGGGAAUCAUAUUGUCACCCUCCCGGCCCCAACUAAGUGGAAGUGCUCUCAGCUCAGGACCCUCGAUCUUUCUAGAAACCAUCUUGGCAAAACAGAUGAAGGGCCCAAAUCCAGGAGACUGGCCUUCCUGACUACAUGGAACAGGAGGGACCCAGACCCAGUUUGUCCGAUAGAGUUUCCAAUAGUUCUGCGGGAUUCACUGGAAGUGCUUUACCUGAACGACAACCUGCUGGAGUGUGUUCCCCAGUCAGUGUGUGGUCUGCACAGCCUCACUGAGCUCUACCUCUCCAAUAAUCCUGGAAUCCGUGAGCUUCCAGCAGAGCUGGGUCAGCUCUCCAACCUGUGGCAGCUGGACACAGAAGACCUCAACAUUACUAAUGUUCCCCAGGAAGUGAGAAAAGAAGGUCCUGCAUCUGUCCUGGCUUUCCUCCGAGCACACCUACGAAAGGCAGAGCCUUGUAAACUGCUGAAGAUGGUUGUGAUUGGUCCGCCGAGACAGGGGAAAUCUGCCCUUCUGGAGGCUCUACAGUCUGGCCGGGCUGCUGCCUUCACCCCCGCAGAAUGCAGCAUCUCCACCUCUACCUGGGAGCUGGAAAAACCCAACAGUGGCAAAAACAACGUGAGAAAAACACAGACGAAGGACUCGGUGGAAUUCAACGUGUGGGACAUUGGUGGUCAGGCCAGCAUGUCCACAGUGAACCAGUGUUUCUUCACUGAUAAGGCCCUGUAUGUGGUGAUCUGGAACCUGGCCCUGGGAGAGGAGGCUGUGGCCAGCCUGCAAACAUGGCUGCUCAACAUUGAGGCACGAGCUCCCAACUCUGCAGUGGUGGUUGUGGGAACACAUUUGGAUCUGAUCGACACCAGGUUUCGCACUGAGAGACUGGCCACGCUGAGAGCUUACAUUCUGGCUCUGUGCCGAUCCCCGUCAGGGCCUCGAGCCACCGGCUACCCUGACAUCACCUGGAAACACCUGCAUGAAGUGUCCUGCAAGACGCUGGAGGGUCUGGAGGGGCUGAAGAAGCUGAUCUACCAGGUGGCUCUUUCCAUGAAAGACAAUAGCAGCUCAGCCUGUGGCAGUAAACUGCUGGGCAGACUGAUCCCCAGGAGUUACCUGACACUUCAAGAAGAUGUGAUGGCGGAGAAGCAGAGGCGAGAUGCUGAGGGAGACGUCCAGUAUCUGACUGAUGCCCAGCUGGACUGCAUCAUCGAACAGAACCCGGGGAGUGACAUCAGAGACUAUGAGGACCUACAGACGGCCAUCAACUUCUUGAUAGAGACAGGCACCCUGCUGCACUUCCCCGACACCAGCCAUGGCCUGUGCACCCUCUAUUUCCUGUGUCCUGUGUGGCUGUCGGAAUGCCUGGAGAGGAUCAUACACCUCAAGUCCUCUCGCUCUGUAGCCAGGAACGGAGUGAUCCGAGCUGAAGACCUCAGGAUGCUGUUGGUAGGAACAGGUUUCACCCAGCAGACAGAGGAACAGUAUUUCCAGUUUCUAGCCAAGUUUGAGAUCGCUCUACCUGUGGCGAACAACAGCUACCUCCUGCCCCACCUCCUUCCCCCCAAGCCAGGCAUGGACAUCCACGGCUUCCGCCAGCAGGUCAACAACACCUUGCAACGCCUUUUUAAGAUGAGCUUUGUUCCUGCUGGAUUUUGGGAGCGUUUCAUCGCCAGGAUGCUCAUCAGCCUAACAGAGAUGGACCUGCAGUCAUUCGAGCCUAAAAGAACCACCAGGGGCCAGCGCAGCAGGAGUUCUGUGAUCUACAGCUUUGCUGGAACCCAGCAGAGGAACCGCUGCAGCACUUUCAGAGUCCGACGCAGCCAGACCAUCUACUGGAAGGAGGGGCUGCUGGUCACUUUUGAUGGAGGUUACCUCAGCGUGGAGUCGUCUGACGUCAACUGGAAGAGGAAGAAGAGUGGAGGCAUAAAGAUCAUCUGCCAGUCAGAGAUGAGGGAUUUCUCUGCCAUGGCCUUCAUCACCGACCACGUCAACUCUCUGAUUGAGCAGUGGUUCCCCGCUUUGACAGCCAGUGAGAGUGAUGGGAGUCUCCUCAUUGAGCAGUACGCCCCCUGUCCUCUCUGUGCCUCACCGGGCCAAGAGAAGCAGGCCAAGGUCCCAGCCAGCCGGCCCUGCCACGUCGCAGAGAAAGGGGAUCGUGGAGGAGGAGAAGGAGGAGGACAAGCAGGGGUUCAUUACUUCAACAUGGAGGACUGUGUGCUGGCCGCAGUGGAGAAGGAGCACAUCAUCUGUCCUGAGCACCCUGAUCAGCCAGUCCCACUGCAGGAGCUGGUCCCUGAACUCUUCAUGACUGACUUCCCUGCACGGCUGUUUUUGGAGAAGACCCAGCUGGAGUACUCCGAAGACGAGAAUAAAAUCCUCGGCCAGGGUGGCAGCGGGACUGUCAUCUACCGAGCCCGAUACUGUGACCAGCCAGUGGCCAUCAAACGCUUCCACUUCAAGAAGUGUCGACAGCAGAACAUCAGCAGCGACACAGACACCAUGGUGAAACACCUGCAGUCUGCAGAUGCCUGCCGGAGCUUCUCUGAAUUUCGCCAGGAGGCCAGUAUGUUACACUCUCUUCAGCAUCCCUGCAUCGUCUCCUUGGUGGGCAUCAGCAUCCACCCGCUUUGCUUUGCCCUGCAGUUAGCCCCUCUGGGCAGCCUCAACACUGUGCUGGAGGAGAAGCACAAAGGCAAAGGCUGCAAGUACAUGCCCCUCGGUCACAUGCUAACAUUCAGGGUGGCGUAUCAGAUUGCAGUGGGACUGGCAUACCUUCACCGGAAGAGCAUCAUCUUCUGUGACCUCAAAUCUGACAACAUCCUGGUGUGGUCUCUGAAGGUGCAGGAUCCAGUCAACAUUAAACUGUCUGACUAUGGCAUUUCUCGACAAUCCUUCCACGAGGGGGCGCUGGGCGUCGAGGGCACACCGGGUUACCAGGCUCCUGAGAUCCGACCAGGCAUCGUGUAUGAUGAGAAGGUGGACAUGUUCUCAUAUGGUAUGGUGCUGUAUGAGCUGCUGUCUGGACGAAGGCCUGCGCUGGGACAGCAUCAGCUUCAAAUAGCCAAGAAGCUCUCCAAGGGCACAAGGCCAGUGCUGGGCAGUCAUGAGGAGGUUCAGUUCCACUGCCUCCACAGCCUGCUGACUGAAUGCUGGGACACCAAGCCUGAGAAGAGGCCCGUGGCCAUGCAUUGUGUGAGGCAGAUGCAGGAGCCAAGCUUCCCCUGCCUCAGGUAUGUGUUGUCCUGCGAGAGCCACUCGCAGCUCUUCCUGUCCCACCUGCAGGGAUACAGUGCUGUGUUCUGGAGCGGAGACAAGGAUGACAGGAACUACAGUGUGGUGAAUGUGGAGAAGGGCCAGGUGGAGGUGAAGAGGAUGUCCUGUCCAGGCAGCAGGAUCAGCUGUCAGAUGAAGAUGUGUAACACUUUGUGGGUGGCCACUGAGGAGCAGGAAGUGUUCAUCUACAGUCUGAAGGACAUGUGUCCACUCAGUCAACCCCAGAGACAGUUCUCCUGUCCCGCCAUCAUCACCUGCCUGUUCCCUGUUCCAGCAGUAGAACAGAGCCUGGCCAGAGUGUUUGCGGGGAUGUCUGACGGCCUGGUGGCAGUGUACAGCCUUGUGGAGGACCUUCCUCUGGAGGGGGAAACCUACCUGUGUUCACACACCCUCAACAAAACUGUUUUCGGUCUGAAAGACUCCGAUCCCAGGCAGAGACCCUACCCUGUCAGGAGCAUGGCUCUGGUCAGCAGCGGCUCCCAGUUAUGGUUCUCCAACGGACCGGGUGUGCUGGUCAUCGACUGCCUGAGUCUUCAGGCAGUUCAAAGGCUGGAGCCCUACGAGCCGCCAUCUUCCAUCGUAUCCAUGGCAACCAGCUUCAGUCUGUGGGGAGAAGAGGCCGUCUGGACCCUGGACGACCACAUCAACACCCUGCUGCUCUACCAUGCUGCCUCCUAUGACCUCUGUGCCAAGUACUGCUGCAGUGACAGCUAUCCUCUCCGAGACGUCUUCACCGUGCAGCGUCCCGCAGUGGUUACCACGGUGAAGGCCACUGACCUCAAGACCAUGGACCAAGAGGAGAAUGUGCAAUGGACCAAUGGAGAAGUGACAUUGAUCUACAGUGAGGAGGCGGGCACUCAGAUCAUCCAGCACCAGGACUCUCUGACAGACUACUGCUCCAUAUCGUCCAACUGCUCCCUGGAACCGCAGGGGUCAGACUGGUCCAGCGCCGCCGACCUCAGCUUGUCCACCACACACAGCAGCAUGCCUCUGCCGGCUGACCAGGAUGGGACAGGCUGUGCCAAGGAGCAGCAGGCAUCUGCUAAUCCUGAUCUGGACUCUGCAGAGACUGUGAACCCCACAGUGCCUCAGCUGCAAGCCUUCAGUGUGCUGCCGGUGAAUGGGACUCUGUGGAUCCCCAGGCGUGGAGGUGAUGUGAUGGUGGUCGAGAUGCAGUCACGCAGCGAUCAGCUGACCGGGCGUGUCAUCGCGGUCCUCAGUCCACCGGCAUGUUCCUCUUUAGGGAUCCUGGAGGAGGCAGCACUAGUGGCAAAGGACACAGUUGUAUGUGGCUUUCAUAAGGAAAACAUGGAGUGGUGCCUGUGUGUCUGGAGGGGCUGGGGCUGCCGCGAGCUGGAAGUCUUCUACCAGUCCUACGAGGAGCUGGGCCGCUUGGAGACCAGCAUGAGGAAAAGAAGGUAGCUGUUGUGCUGCGACGGCGAGGCGCAGAAUCGCAGCUCUGUAUGGAGGGCGAGCCGAGGGAAAUACAUGCCGACAGACCGCCAGUGUUCAGAGCAGGGGGGUGGCCGAAUGCUGACAUCAGGGCAACGCAGGAGGAGGAGGUCUGCUGUAGGGGCUGAGCCUCAAACUGUGCACAGUGGUUAAAUCCCCCCACUACAUACCUCGCCACCAAUAAUAUGUUAAGACCUGAAAAAUCUGUCAUGUCGGAGCAGACAUGAAAGGCCAUGGAGCUGAGUCACACAGCAAUGGUGAGAUCCUCUAGUGAGUGACUUUACUCCAGCACAGAGGUUUUAAUGUUGGUCUUCACAUUCAGUGCUGGCAGCCAGUGUGGUAUGAAUGGGAUCUCAGUUCAAGAUGUGCUGGAUUGUUUGGGUCUGAUUCUGUCUGCAACUCUAUUGUUUAUUCUCCGUGUCUAUUUCAGUCUCCUUUUAAAUGUUCCAGCCUUCGACACUGUGCCCUCUGGAGGGGACGCCGGAUGCCGGGGACAUUCUUAAGGGACAAGUACUGAUUCUUUUUAAAUGAACUGGGUUUUAGCUGCUGGUGAACAGACAGUAGGUUGUAAAAUCGGUGGAUGGUACUGACACACAUUAAGAACACAGUGUUCCACCGUGUUAAACUGUGCCAUAUGAAUGUGCAUGUCAGCCGCAGCUUCCCUCUGUUACCAGAGUGGCCCGUGAGCAGCAAACUCACAUCUGUGUUCUGUGCAACGUGAUGCAACUGACCAGUUGUUCCCAGCUUUGGGCAGGUUCUGAUGAAACACUUUCUUUUAAACAAAGCUUCGUUCCCGGGGUCUCUGUUGAAUUUUAGUUUUCAUUAUGACUGCUCCGAUUUUCCUUCGCAGGGAGGGUUCGCAUUACCUUCAUGUGCAAAACAAGACAGAGUCUGGUGCAUGUGUACAUUUUACAUAAUGUAGAAGACAACAUUAGCCCUGUAUAAAAAAAACCCAUUUCUUGUUGAGUGAAGCAGCAUGCUGUGGUGAGUGUUUGGCCAGGCUGUAAACAGAUGCAGUUGUAUUUCUGACAGAUCAGCUGGAUGAGGGGCGACGGCCGCCCUUGAUGGUCCAUUCAUGUGAGAUUUCAUACAGAACUUUGGGGCAUGUUUUAUUAAAGAUGCACAUUACGUCACCGCCAAGAAGCACAAGUGUCAACCAAUCAGCAGGACUUGAAUUUACUUCAGCCCCCUGAAGCUUUGACAGUGUCAGUGGAUCAAGUUGUUGUUGUUGAAAUCCAAGAAAAUGACUCCAACUUUUACCAUCAGAUUGCACCACCAUGGAACAUAUUCAGCUUUGGUGGAUAAAAUGUUUCUCAUCAAAUCAUGUCAGUCAUUCCCACUGAAGCUGCUCUCACCUGUCUGCAAGGAAGGGAAACAUAAAGACAGAGAUUAUUUAAACUUAACAAAUGAAAUACUGACACGUGGGACCAAUGUGCAUUUUAUCAGAUGGGGUCUGUUUGGUGAACAAUUACAAGUCAUUUCCAAAACCCAAUUAAAGACAUGGCAGAUCCAUGCCAGAUUUAAAGAAUAGUGUUCCACUGACAACGGGCUUUGGGUGAAGCAUUUGUUUAUUUGUGUGGUUCCAAAGUAAAAUGCUGAGAACAUGGUUUUUACACUUUUUUAUUUUUAUUUUCAAUUAAAAAUUGUUUUAUUGACUUGGAUAAGUAUAUCUACAGUUCAACAGUGGACAGUGAGAAGGUGUAUAUAGUCCAUACCAGCCUCAGAGUAAGGCAGAGGUUAUUUAUUUAUCAGAAUGUAUAAUGGAGGUACAGUAUAUUGCUAUAAGAAUCGCUGUAUAAUAUGGUACUGAAUAAAGUUCUUAUAAUAAUUCUG